AUGGCUCUCAGCACCGGGCGACUUGCUCGUGUGCUGCACCGGGAGCUCUGCUCCAGCAAUGCUGUCUCCAAGAUAGCGAGGCGGACGUUUGUCUCGCAGACGACGACCACUCGGGCGUGUGGGAAAUUUGAGAAGAACACUCAGAAGCAGCAGCAGCAGUUCAGGCAGUUGUCCAUUUCCGCCAAGCGCAAUGCCAGCCAGGCAGAGGUUGCACCUAAUGCGAAGGCGUACCUCGAGAGCGGAGCCAUUGCCGGCGGCCAGAACCUCGUCGACGUCAACAAGGUCCUCGUCAUUGGCUCUGGAGGCCUCUCGAUCGGUCAGGCGGGCGAGUUCGACUACUCUGGCUCGCAAGCUCUGAAAGCACUCAAGGAGGCUGGCAUCAAAUCCGUCCUGAUCAACCCCAACAUCGCGACCAUCCAAACCGCCCACGUCCUCGCCGAUGAGGUCUACUACCUCCCCGUUACGCCUGAAUACGUCACCUAUGUUAUCGAGAAAGAGAGACCGAAUGGCAUCUUUUUGUCCUUUGGCGGGCAGACCGCCUUGAACUUGGGUGUUAAGAUGGAUAAGAUGGGGAUUUUCGAACGGUACAAUGUCAAAGUUUUGGGCACGAGCAUCAAGACGCUGGAGACGAGUGAGGAUCGUGACCUCUUCGCCAAGGCGCUGAAAGAGAUUGAUAUCCCCAUUGCUGAGAGUAUCGCUGUGGAGAGCGUGGAUGAAGCGCUCAAGGCUGCCGAUACUGUUGGCUACCCCAUCAUCGUGCGAGCGGCUUAUGCACUCGGUGGUCUUGGAUCUGGUUUUGCGGACAAUGCUGAGGAGCUCAGGAACUUGGCUGCUCGAUCUCUCACCCUAUCGCCUCAGAUCUUGGUCGAGAAGUCUCUCAAGGGCUGGAAAGAGGCCGAGUAUGAGGUCGUGCGAGACGCUUCGGACAACUGUAUCACGGUUUGCAACAUGGAGAACUUCGAUCCGCUGGGCGUGCACACGGGCGACAGCAUUGUCGUCUCGCCGUCGCAGACGUUCAGCGAUGAGGAAUACCACAUGCUUCGAUCGGCCUCUAUCAAGAUCGUCCGUCACCUUGGUGUUGUGGGAGAGUGUAACGUUCAGUACGCUUUGCAACCUGACGGCCUCGACUACAGGGUCAUUGAAGUCAAUGCUCGUCUGUCUCGUUCCUCUGCUCUCGCCUCGAAAGCUACCGGUUACCCAUUGGCCUACACUGCUGCGAAGAUUGGCCUUGGACACACUCUGCCUGAGCUGCCCAAUGCUGUCACUCGCACGACCACCGCCAACUUCGAACCCUCGCUCGACUACAUCGUCACCAAGAUUCCUCGCUGGGAUUUGUCCAAGUUCCAGAAUGUCAACCGCUCGAUUGGAUCGGCCAUGAAGUCUAUCGGAGAAGUCAUGGCUAUUGGCCGUACCUUUGAAGAGAGCUUCCAAAAGGCCAUCCGUCAAGUCGAUCCCAAGUUCAACGGUUUGCAAGGCGACAAAUUCGACGAUCUCGACGAUGUGCUCAAGAACCCCACUGACAGUCGAUGGCUCGCCGUUGGCCAGGCCAUGCUCCACGAAGGCUACUCCGUCGACCGCGUCCACGACCUCAGCAAAAUCGACAAAUGGUUCCUCUACAAGAUCCAGAACAUCGUCGACUGCACGCACGAACUCCAAGACAUCGGCUCGCUCUUCGGCGUCAAGAAGGAACUCAUGCUCAAGGCGAAGAAGAUGGGUUUCAGCGACAAGCAGAUCGCCCUCGCCGUCAACAGCACCGAAGACGAAGUCCGCGCUCGCCGCAAGAACUUUGGUAUCAAGCCUUGGGUUAAGAAAAUUGACACCCUUGCUGCGGAAUUCCCGGCUGAUACGAAUUAUCUGUACACGACCUAUAAUGCUUCGAGCCAUGAUGUUACGUUCGAUGAUCAUGGGAUUGUUGUGUUGGGUUCGGGGGUUUAUCGUAUUGGAAGUUCGGUCGAGUUUGAUUGGUGCGCUGUUAAUGCUACGCUUUCGUUGAAGGCGCUGGGGAAGAAGACGGCUAUGAUUAACUACAACCCCGAGACAUACUCCACCGACUUCGACGUCCCCGACCGUCUCUACUUUGAAGAGUUGAGUUACGAGCGUGUGAUGGACAUUUACGAGCUCGAAUCUGCCCAGGGCGUUGUGGUUUCUGUUGGUGGCCAGCUGCCUCAGAACAUCGCUCUCAAGCUUCAAGACGUCGGCAAGGCCAAGGUGCUUGGUACCAACCCCGAGGACAUCGACAAGGCCGAGGAUCGUCACAAGUUCUCGCAAAUCUUGGACUCCAUCGGUGUGGACCAGCCUGCUUGGAAGGAACUCACCAGUUACCAGGACGCCAAGGCGUUCGCUGAGUCUGUGGGCUACCCUGUGCUCGUCCGCCCAUCUUACGUUCUGUCUGGUGCCGCCAUGACUGUCAUCCGCUCUGAAGAGGAGCUUGAGGAGAAGCUGCUUGCCGCAAGCAGUGUUAGCCCGGAUCACCCUGUCGUCAUUACCAAGUUCAUCGAAGGCGCUCUCGAAAUCGACUGCGACGCUGUUGCUCACAACGGGAAGCUUCUUGUCCAUGCCGUCUCUGAGCAUGUCGAGAACGCUGGUGUCCACUCCGGUGAUGCAUCGCUCGUGCUCCCACCUGCCAACCUCCCACAGACCACGAUCGACCGUGUCAAGGAGAUUGCUGAGAAGGUCGCCAAAGCCUGGAAGAUCACGGGACCUUUCAACAUGCAAAUCAUCAGCGCGCAGAGCCCAGAUGGCGGUGAGCCUCAGCUCAAGGUCAUCGAGUGCAACCUGCGUGCCUCCCGCUCAUUCCCAUUCGUCAGCAAGGUGCUCGGAACCAACUUCAUCGAAGUCGCCACCCGUGCUCUUCUCGACAAGGACGUACCAGAACCAGUGGAUCUCAUGAAGGAGAAGCGUGACUACGUCGCUGUCAAGGUUCCUCAGUUCGCAUGGACUCGUCUCGCCGGCGCUGAUCCAUACCUCGGUGUGGAGAUGUCAUCUACUGGCGAAAUGGCUUGCUUCGGCAAGGAUCUCGUCGAGGCUUACUGGACCGCCAUGCAGAGCACCAUGAACUUCCGCCUGCCACAGCCAGGUGAGGGUCUCCUCUUCGGCGGCGACACCGCCACCCCCGACCUCGGCCGCAUCGUCGACUACCUGAACCCACUCGGCUACAAGCUCUACGCGGCCAACCACGAAGUCAAGCAACACCUCGAACAAUCCUCUAAGGACGGCAGCGUCCAGGUCGAGGUCAUCGAGUUCCCCAAGAACGACAAGCGUGCCCUGCGCGAGGUCUUCGAGAAGUACGACGUCCGCGGCGUGUUCAACCUGGCCAAGCGCCGGGCGAGCAGCUUGGAGGAUGAGGACUAUGUGAUGCGUAGGAAUGCUGUUGAUUUUGGCGUGCCGCUUUUCAUGGAGCCGAGGACCGCCGUCCUCUUCGCCCAGUGCAUGAGCGAGAAGCUCCCCAAGUCCGAGGGAAUACCACCUGAAGUCCGCCGAUGGAGCGACUUUAUUGGUGGCAAGCCGCUCUGA